AUGCUGAUAUGUAGCAACUUUGCUGAACAGGUUGUUGGCGGCAAGGAGGACAUUCUUCCCGAGUCGCUCAUCCCAUACACACCCGCACUGGCUAUCGAGCCAAGAGCCUUCACGCGGCGGCUGCUCGAGCCCUACCUCAUCUCUGUCCCCGUUCUCAUCAACUCCGAUGUCCACGAACAGGUCCAUAUGUUCCAGAUAUCUCAGUCUGACCAGGUCUUUGAUCUCCGCCACGGCAUUCCCGCUUAG